UUCUUCAAACGGUCAGAACACGAGAAGAAGAAGAUCUGCUGCUUCAAAAGAUUUAAGAUGUUUUCAAAGCAUCUCGAAUCAUUUACAAGUGAAAACAUGCAUUCGGAGCAGCAGGAAGAACAGAAACCCGUAAAGAUAGAGUUUACUGAAGAGUACAGAGAGGACACGAGUGAUCCAGAUCCCUUCAGAGUGAAGCAUGAAGAUACUGAAGAAGAAAGAGAGGUGACUGAAGAAAACGAGGAGAAUGAAGAAUUGAGUGCAGUUGAGAGACAAAAUCACUUCAGAACUGGGAAAAAACCUUUGAGUUGCUCUCAAACAAAACGGAAAGUUUUAAAGAAAAAAAUAGCCAAGAAAUCUUUCACCUGCACUCAGUGUGAAAAGAGUUUGACAUGCAAAUAUAGUCUUGAUGUUCACAUGAGACUACAUACUGGAGAGAAACCAUUUAAGUGUUCACACUGUGACAAAAGAUUCAGUCUUUCUGGAUACCUGAAAAGACAUGAGAGGAUCCACACUGGAGAGAAACCGUACACAUGUGAUCAGUGCGGGAAGAGUUUCGCAAUAAAAAGAAGCCUUACGGUACAUAUGAGAAUUCAUACUGGAGAGAAACCAUUCACUUGUGAUCAGUGUGGAAAGAGUUUUACACAAUCAACAAACCUUAACGAUCAUAUGAACAACCACACUGGAGAGAAACUGCACACGUGUGAUCAAUGCGGCAAAUCAUUUAUGUGGGCUUCAGUACUGAAGAAACACCUGAAUGUUCAUACAAAGGAGAAGCCACAUUCAUGUUAUUUGUGUGGAAAGAGAUUUUCAUGUCAACAAAAUUUGAAAGAACAUCAGAAAAUACAUACUGGUGUGAGAGAGUACAUGUGCUUUGAGUGUGAAAAGACUUUCACUUUUUUAAAAAGUUUAAAACAGCAUGAGAGGAUCCACACUGGAGAAAAACCUUACAAGUGUUCACACUGUGACAAGAGAUUCAAUCAGUCAACAAACAUGAAAAUUCAUGAGAGGUUCCACACUGGAGAGAAACCGUACACUUGUGAUCAGUGCGGGAAGAGUUUCACACAGUCAGCAAGCUUUAAGAUACACAUGAACAUCCACACUGGAGAAAAACCGUACGCAUGUCAUCAGUGUGGGAAGACUUUCAGACAAAAAGGAAACCUUACGUCACAUAUGAGAGUUCAUACAGGAGAGAAACUGUUCAUUUGUGAUCAGUGCGGGAAGAGUUUUGCAAACUCAGCUGGCCUUAAGGAUCACAUGAAGAUCCAUACUGGAGAGAAACCUUAUGCAUGUGAUCAAUGCGGCAAAACAUUUAUGUGGGCUUCAGUUCUGAAGAAUCACCUGAGAGUUCAUACCAAGGAGAAGCCACAUUCAUGUUAUUUGUGUGGAAAGAGUUUUUCACGGCUACAAAAUUUAAAAGUACAUCAGAAAAUACACACGGGUGUGAGAGAGUUCAUGUGUUUUGAUUGUGAAAAGACUUUUACUUCAGCAAAGUGUUUAAAACAGCAUGAGAGGAUUCACACUGGAGAGAAACCUUACAAGUGUUCACACUGUGACAAGAGAUUCAGUGAUUCAGGAGACCUGAAAAGACAUGAGAGGAUCCACACUGGAGAGAAACCGUAUGUGUGUUCACACUGCGAUAUGAGAUUCAGUGCUUCAGGACAGCUAAAAAGACACGAGAGGAUUCACACUGGAGAGAAACCAUAUCACUGCACUGCAUGUGGGAAGCGUUUCAGUCAAUCAUCUUCUCUACACAAUCAUACAAAAAACAAUCACUGCAAGUAGAUCAUCUUCAGAUAAACACUUUCAGGUCUGAUGCUGCGUCUUCAUGAAAUGUGGCACUAUAUUGCAUCAAGCAAUACAAUAUCAUCUGGAUAAAUCAGUCCAAACCAGUCAUUACAAGCGACAGGACAAAGAAACAUUAUCACAGUGAAUAAAGUUAUUCUUUUUUCAAAACCAGCAGAUUGAACUGUGAGAUUCAGAUCAACUCAAAGAUAGAGUUCCUUCCCAAAGAACUGUCAAAAAUGUUUUUUUUUUUUAUUGUGCUUUCUUAUGAAUUUCAUAUGCAUUAUAAGACAAUUAUAUGAAUAUGAAAUAUGUAUCACUUGAAGUUCGCUUACUCUAUCAUGAAGGGAGAGUAGAAGCUUUUUACAAACUGUUCUUGUUCAAGAAGCUGAAGAGGCUGUAACACAUUUAAGAGAGACUGAGAUUUAAUUUUAAUUUGAUCUUUGUUGUUUUAAAUAACCAAGUUAUUCUUCCACUUAAUAUGUAUUUAGGAAAUGCAGAUGCAAAAUGUACUGUCAUGUAGCGUUCCAAUGAUCCAUAUUUGCUUCUUUUGUAAGUAGGAAUGAAUACCUGAACCCGGUAUUAAACAAGCCCUAAUAAAUUACGAAAGACUGUAUCGAUACGCUCUGAUGUUAACUUUUCUGCUUUUGGUGCUGGGGAAAUUAACCCUUUCACUGGUGAAAUUAAAAUAUUCUAGCGGUCCCCCCAGAUCGCUUUUAUUUAGUUUUUCCUUUUUUAUUAAAAAAAAUCAUAAACUUGCUCACCAUAUCAUCAACUAUCUGAUAUUCCAAUUCACAAAUAUAUGUAAAUGAGUGUGUUUUGUCAUUUAAAAACCAUUCUAAAUGAUCUUGAUCGUGAUCUGUAACGUGAGAUGUUUGUUUGUUCACACUGAGAGUCCUGUCAGUUGGAUUUAACGCACGUAAAUUCAUAAAUUUCUCCCGAAAUACAUGUAAGUAAGUGGCUGGUGAUUUGGGAGAAGAAUAGAGUGAACGUUAUAGUCACUUACACUAUGUGUAUCUGAUAUUAAUAAAACAC